AUGUACGAGUUAUCCGAUAUUCCGGAUUGGUCACUGGUGGAGGGUCUCGGAAUAAGUGAGGAAGACUGGGGGAGAAAACUGACGGCUGAAGAACGCGAAAAAAUGCAUCGGUGCUCGCCGAUCUCACAUGUUGAAAAGGUAAUCACUCCAUACUUAUUACUACUCGGAGAAAAAGAUCUGCGAGUUGUGAAUCAUUAUCGACCGUUUAUUCGAAAUUUGGUUGCGCGUAGCAUCCCCAAUAAGAUUUACAUAUACCCUGAAGCUUGUCACCCGCUGGAUCAAGUAGAUGUAGAAGCAGACUGCGCAAUCAAUAUUGUUUGCUGGCUGAACAGAUAUCUUCAGUGA